GCGAGUUUGUGCCGGUGGCGGGCGAGCGGCUCUGCGGUGACACGUGCGAGCGGCGGAGCCCGCAUGGUGAGCGCUGCCAGGACCGGGCACGCCGCGAUCUGCGCCCCGCUCCCGCCGCGCUCCUCUGCCGUGCCGGCGGGGCUGCCACGGGGAGCGGAGCGCCGGGACGGGCGGGCCGCACAUGGCGGCGGCAGGGCCGGGCCGGGGCCGCGGGUGGCGGAGGGCGGAGGGCGCGGUGCCUGCGCUGGGCAGGGACCCGCUGAGAGGGUCGGGGCGGCGGCCGGGCGCUCUGAGAGCCCGAGCGGGGCGGGACGGAUCGUGCCGGGCCGGUGCCCCCGCUCAGCCCCCGCUUCCCUCCGUCCCUCCCCAAAGGCACGGCCGCCGGGCCCGCCGAGCCGGGCGCCCACGGCGCUGAUCGCGGAGAAGCUGCGGGAGGCGCUGGAGCCGGGCCGGCGGGAGGCGGUGGCGGUGGCGGAGCUGGGCCGGCCCUUGGCCGCCGCCGCCCGCUCCGUGCUGCAGCAGCGCAUCGAGUUCGCGCCCGCCCGCCGCGGCCUGGCCGGCCAGCUGGGGCACCUGCGGGACAAGUACGAGCACAUCGGGGCCGACACCCCCGGCCGUGCCCCCGGCAUCACCAAAAACCUUCCGGAGCGGCCACAGCACCCGCAGGGUCCCAGCCAUGCCCUGCCCCGGCAUGGGGCAUCCUCUGACGGCAUCCCUGAGCCGCAGAAGGUUCUGUUCCCGGCCCAGCGCCUCUCCAUGACCUGGGAUCGGGUCCACCGUGUGGGCGCCGGGCUGAGCAACCUGGGCAACACCUGCUUCCUGAACUCGGCUCUGCARUGCCUGACGUACACAGCACCGCUCACCAACUACCUGCUGUCCCGGGAGCACGGGCGCUCCUGUGCCCACGGAAGCUUCUGURUGAUGUGCACUAUGCAGAACCACGUGAUACAGGCUUUUGCCAACAGCGGCAAUGCAAUAAAGCCACUCUCCAUCAUCCGAAACCUCAAGAAGAUUUCCCAUAACUUGCACUUCGGCAGGCAGGAGGAUGCKCAUGAGUUCCUGCGUUGCACCAUCGAUGCCAUGCAGAAGGCCUGCCUGAAUGGCUACACCAAGUUGGAUCGCCAGACCCAGGCCACCACUCUGGUUCACCAGAUCUUCGGUGGUUACCUGCGCUCCCGKGUGAGGUGUUUGGAGUGCAAGACUGUCUCGGAUACCUAUGACCCCUAUUUGGAUGUGACGCUGGAGGUUGAGCGAGCUGCCAACAUCGUGCGGGCCUUGGAGCUGUUUGUGAAGCCAGAGAGGCUGGGUGGGGACAACGCUUACAGGUGCAGCAUGUGCAGGAAGAAAGUGCCAGCCAGCAAACGCUUCACCAUCCACCGAGCCUCCAACGUUCUGACGAUUGCACUGAAACGCUUUGGCAGUUGUGGCUCUUCAGGUGGAAGGAAAAUCACCAAGGACGUGGGGUACUCUGAGUUCUUGGACAUCCGCCCUUACAUGUCUGAGCCCAAGGGCAAUCCCAUCACGUAUGGACUCUAUGCAGUGCUGGUGCACUCUGGGUACAGCUGCAACGCAGGCCACUACUUCUGCUAUGUGAAGGCCAGCAAUGGGCAGUGGUAUCGAAUGAAUGACCACGAGGUCCAUCCCAGCAACAUAAAGGUGGUCCUCAACCAGCAGGCCUACCUGCUGUUCUACCUGAGGAAGAGCUCGGCAGGGCCCGUGGCCAAGGCAGCCUCCAGCCUGCCCAGCUGCACUGGCAGUGACUCCAAACAGAUGAAGAGGAUGGAGAUGAGCAGGACCCCAUGUGUGCCACCCAUGGGCACGAAGCAGGAAAAGCUGCUGGGGAAGGGGCUGCCAGGCCCAGGUGAUGUUGGAGUCCCUGUUGYCCGCAGCACUCCUGGGAUGGGGUCAAAGCUCACAAACGGAAUUGCUCUGUCCAAGCUGCCCCACAAAGCCACCCAUGAGGCCACACCAGUGCCCCACGAGGCAGUCCAGAAGCCCAAGAAGCCACAGACCCCUGGCAUGCCCAGAGCAGGUUUCCAUGUCACCAGCACCAUGAAUGGGGCCAAAGCUGGGCUGCCCACACAGCACUCAGACAAGAAGCCUACCUCAUCCAACCUGCCAAAGUCCAGUCAGGAGCCCAGUGGCUGUGGGGUGAUGGCCAGGACCCUGAAGAAGGAUUCCCAUGGCAGUGUAGUAGGGCAGCUGGCCAAGGAGACCAACAUGGCCAAGAGCAAUUUCAGCAGCUCGUGCACCUUUCAGAGAAGGGACUCUGGCACCCACCUCCCUGCUGGCUCUGGCACCAAGCUGACAGUUCCCAAAGACUGUGACCCAGCUGGCCCCAAAAGCUCCAGGACAGGCACUGUGACCCCCUCCCUGCAGGGCAGUGCUGCACAGGAGCAGGGCAGCACCACGUCACCACUGCUGGCCAAGACACCAGUGCUCUCAGUCAAAAAGGGCAAACCCUUGCAGAAGGUGAGCAGGAGUGACCACCAAGCACAKUCCCAGCCUUCAGACACCACCCAUCCUGACGCCACUGCCAGGCCACUGGGCARGUCCAGCCUCUCCUCAUCUGCUCUUGAAUUACYGAGUCCUGAAAAGUCUGCCUUCAGGUUUGUGCUCAGCUUGCCCGCUCAGCUCCCAUCUCCCUGCUGCCCCAUGGUUCCAGUGCCACCCUUCACACUGCCUUCUUUUGGCAGCAGGGAGACAGGAUCUGGCCAGGUGGAAGCAGAGGGUUCCUUCAGAAAGAAGCGKCGCAAGAGGAGGCACCGUAGCGUGGACAGGAGCCUUUAUGUGGCUGUGAAGGACGUGGAGGAAGUCUCCAGUCUGCCCAAGAAGGAGAGAAUUGUUUCUCCAGAGGGCUUCAAGGACUCCAGGCCCUCCACAAAGGAGAGCAUUAGCUCUCAGAAGGACUUCACUGAUAAAGAUUCCAGGCUCCCCAAGAAGAAAAUGGUCUCUCCAGGGGACUUUGUAUCCGUCACGGGGAGGGAGGUGGCGGGCAGGAGUCUCUGCCAUGGCUCAGUCUGUGUGGACAUGGAGAGUGGGCCCAAGCAAAAUGUGCCAGAGCCCAGUAUUCACCUGGGCAUGGAGCCAACUGUCCCCCUCAAGAGGARGAAAAAGAAAAAGAACAGGAGCAGAGAUGGGCCAUUGAAGAACACAGCAGAGUGCAGCUCUGGGAGGCUGUCUUUGGACAGCCCCAGCAGAGCUGAGCCCGAGCCCUGUGAGACACAGCAGAGUGUGGAGGCUGCAGAGCACAGACACCGCAAGCGCAAGUGGAUGGAAAGCUUCAGCAGCUCGGCUGUCACCGCUGUCACCGCUGUCCCCAGCAGCAGCAGUAGCAUCCCAGUGGCAGCAUGUGCCAAGGACAGCCAGAGUGGGGAUGAGAGACCCUCUCGGGCUGCCCUGAGCCCUGUGGCCAACAACUGGGCUGGCACAUCCCCUGAGGGCCAGGAGUCCAGUGUGGUAGGCAAGCUGCUGCAGAACUCCUUGGACAAGGCUUAUGGCAAACAAGUGUUGACCUGGCACGGUGAGAUUUCGGCCGUGAGCCAGGAUGCCAUUCGGGAUGCAGCGCUGGCCCGAAGCGAGACCGUCACCGAUGAGUGGGACCAGGAGUUUGACAAAGGAAAGGUCAAGAAAACGAAAAAGAUGAAGCAGGAGCGGAGGAGAGACUCAAAUCCCUUCCAGAAGUUGCAGAACAAGCGCAACUUCUGGUUGAUGUCACAUCCUGCCAAGAUGGCCAGCCUGGGCCACCGGCUCUCAGGUUGAGGGCUGCAUCCCCCAGACUGCUCAGGGAGCAAUCCUCAGGUCAAGGACCGGGAGCAGCACCGUCCUGGGAGCUCAGAUGGGAGAGAAUACAGCUGCAGCCCUGGCGUUGUGCCUUUCCCUUCGGGGAGCUGCUUUUSCAGCUGCAGAGGAGCCUGCUCACACUGCCUUCCAUCAAACCUUCCUCAGCCAGGCUCUUCCUCAGCUUCCCCGUCCCUUCCCGUCCUUCCCACAGCCGCAGCUGCAGGGGUUCCUGGCAAGUGCCUCAAGCCCUCCCUGCUGCUGUUACCGUGCCUCCCGUUCCCCGUGUUACCGACACUCACCUUCCCCUGCACCCCACUCCUGACCUCCCAUCCCCUGCACAAGCUGUACCGAAAGCCUCCCCCGGUCCCUCCCCGUGGCCCCGGCCCCGCGCUGGCGCGGGGAGCACCGGUGCGAUCCCYGCGGGGCCGGAGCGCUGCCACCGGGGCCACGGCCAUUGAAGGAUUGAACUGCAGAAAUCCCRGUGUUUGUCAAUCGGCUGCGACCGU